AUGGUGGUGUUUGUGGGGGCACAUGGCCAGCAGAUGGACGACAUCGAGGCCAACGUCGGCCGUGUUGCCAACUCCUCCUCCACCACCGCCGUCGUGUUAACUCUCACCGUAAUCUUGACAGAUCACGCCGACGUUUUUUCUUUGUAUUAUCCAUGCAAUCGAAUCCACCAAUCAUCUUCCAGAAUUCUGCCACGUAUUAGCCUAGUCAACCUUUGCCAUCAACGAACGAUAAAGGUUGGAUUUUUCCCCAAUUCCUCUCAGCUGUUCCUCCAUUCCACCACUACCAAUCAUCAUGCCGCUCCACUCACUCUGCAGCGGCAGCGGCAGCGGCGGCGGCGGCAAGUUUGCAGCAAACCCACGGCCCAUCAAACCACCCUCCCUCUUCGCAUCGCCUUCCCCGACACCCAACCAAGUCCACUUCCCCCUCCCUCCUCGACCUUCCACCUCAAGAAGAAGAUCCUGAGCCUCGAGGUGCUGGGCGUCGACGCCGGCCGCGCCCUCGCCCUCAACCCGGCCUUUCGUGCCGCCUCUCUUGACUCUGUCCACGCGAUCAUCUCCUUCCUCCUCUCCAAGGGCCUGCACCACAAGGACCUCCCCCGCAUCCUCGGCAUGUGCCCCUCCGUUCUCACCGCCUCCGUUCCCGCCGAUCUCGCCCCCGUAUUCGACUUCCUCUCCCGCGACCUCGGCGUCGCCCCCGCCGACCACCGCCGCGUCGUCAACAAGUGCCCCCGACUCCUGGCCUCCAGCGUCCCCCACCAGCUCCGCACUGCUCUGCUCUACCUCCGUCGUCUAGGGUUCCGCGACCUCGCCUGGCUCGCCCACCACGAGCCCGUCCUCCUCGUCUCCAGCGUCGACCGCACGCUCAUGCCCAAGCUGGACUUCCUCGUCGGCCUCGGGCUGAGCCAGGAAGACACAGCGGCGAUGGUGCUGCGCUGCCCCGGGUUGUUCACCUUCAGCAUCGAGAAGAACUUCAAGCCCAAGUUCGAGUACUUGGACAAGGAGAUGGGGCGGCGGGUGGAGGAGCUGAAGGAGUUCCCCCAGUACUUCGCGUUCAGCUUGGAGAGGAGGAUCAAGCCGCGGCACGAGGAGCUGUGCCGGAGGGGGAUGCAUACGAUGCCAUUGCCAGCGAUGCUGAAGAGCACUGACGAGGAGUUCAGGGAGCUGAUGGAGAAGAACACGCAGCUUUAAUAGGCUAAACCUCCUUGUACAUGAUCAUUUUGUGUAGAAAAUUAUAUUCUCUUUAUCGUGCAUAUUCCGUAUAUAUUAGUCACUA